AUGAAGCUCGCCAAAGCCUUGCUCAAAUUUGGGUGCCCCACUCACGCCGCUAUGGCUCUUCUUCACGAUGCCGCCAAUAUUCUCAAAGUCCAAGUAUCUUUCGUUACGCUUCCCAACACGAUCAUCGCAUCCUUCGGUAAUUGCGAAGAGAUGACUUCCGAGAUCGAGAUGCUCAGUGGAGGUGGCGGCCUUGACCUCGGCCGCCUGCCAAUGGUCCGCGUUGUCUAUUACAAUGUCGUUCACGACAUCAUCAGCGCGAAGGACGCUAUUGACUGUCUCGACCAACUCAUGGACGGCAAACCUAUCCACGGCAAGCUCACGAAGUGCUUCUUCGCCUUCAUGCUCUCCGCCCUCAUCUGCGUGAUGUCUUUCGGAGGGUCGUUUGUCGAUAUGUGGAUCGCGGGCCUCGGAUCAGCUACAUUCUCAGCCGUCCGCUUGUUUGUGAUACCCAAGGUCCACAUGGGCUACGCUAGCGCGUACGAAAUCUCGAUGACUAUCGCUAUUUCCUUCGUUUCCCGAGGUUUGAGCAGCAUCAGAAGCGAGGUGUUCUGUUACAAUGCGAUCUCGUCCGCCGGCAUCGUCUCCAUCCUCCCCGGUUUCUUAAUUCUGACCAGUUCGCUCGAGCUAGCCUCGAAGAACAUUCUCUGUGGUGCCGCCAAGAUGAUUUACGUCCUCGUCUUCGUCCUCUUCAUCACAUUCGGCCUUCAACUCGGAUCCGAUCUCUAUCUCCUUCUGGACCGCGGGGCCCGUCACAAAUUCGCUGAAGUCGCUGCUACCUACCUGAACCCUGUCCUCUACGUCGGGUCCUUCGUUUCGGAUUCAAUGAAGCUCGACGGCACCCCGAUCUACGUCGGCACCUUCCAAUUUCAGUCUCCUGCCAUCCAACCGAAGGACAUGCUUGUCGGCUGCCAUCGACCGGCGGACUUCCCUUGGUACAAGCAACCUUUCGCAUGGUGGUCUCUAUUCUUCCUCGUCCCACUGUAUACUCUCCUGAGCUCCAUGGCGAACAUGCAACCGGUCUUCAAGAGGACUCGCCAACAAAAGCGAUACGCGGGCGCGGACGGCAAGUGGCAGACCACGACUGUCGAGCGUUGGACGUUGAGCGCCGACUUGGUGGUUAUGGUGAUGAUUGCGAUCUUGUCGUACACCUGUAACAAGAUCGCGAAGAUGUACAUCUUCAACCAGUCGGAUGUCGUUGCUGCUAUCGGGGCCUUCACGGUGGGCGUGAUGGGGAACACGUAUCAGCGCUUGGCUGGCGGGACGGCGUUCACGUAUAUGGUCACUGGGGUCUGUUUCUUGGUUCCUUCGAGUUUCUCUCAGACUGGAGAUAACUUCUCCGGGGAUAUCAUUGAUAUUGGAACGGCCAUGAUCAGGAUUAGUGUUGGUAUUUCGGUUGGGCUGUUGAUGGCGCGGUUCAUUGUGUGCACGUUUGGGAAGCAGAUGCGGAGUGGUAGUCUCACUUUUUGA